CGUCGGCGUCGGCCCAGCUGGGGCGAGGGGUUUCGGGAACGCCCGAGGCGAAGUGGAGCUGGUGGAUCCAGGCUGCGCUCUGGGCCUGCGCCGCUGCUCCCCAGGUCUGCGGAGGCCUGCGGGCGGCUGCCCCGUUUUCGUGUUUUCUGCACCGGCCCUACGAUUUACAUCUCUGAAGAGUCUUCCUCUCCCCCAUUUUCCUCUCUGCAGAAAUAAAUCCCAUUGUGGAGACCCUAAAACUUUAAAAAGGGAUACAAUUUGAAGUUAAAUUUUGUUUUCAGAAAGAAGCUUAGUAAAUUACUGGUACAUUAUGUGUAUGUAGUACUGUUGGUAAUAACGAUAUUUUGUUAGACAUUAAUGAUAAGAAAGAUAUGUCUUUUGAUAAAUUGAUCCAAAAUUACAGCAUGCCCAGUAUUAUAACUGAAUGGUCCUUAAAUGAAAAGCAGGUUAUUUAAUUUUUAAAAUGCUGUGGAAAUUUUAUGGUUAACUAGUUAAGUUUAUGGAUAAAAUACCUUACUUAGUUGACCAGUUGUAAUUGAUACACACAAUUAGGAAGAAAGACAAUAUAAUGAUACUUCAGGAAGUGGAAACAAGUGUAGAUAAUUUUAAACAAGAGUUAACAGUUUAUAAGUACUAAGCAAAAUUCAUUUCGUAUCACAUAGAUUCAAUAAAGCUUCUCUUCCCCAAAAGUUAUUUACUGAAGCUAAUGUAACUUAAGUAAAUACUUUGAUGAUAAGCUAUGUGGAAUUAGACUUUAGAUAGUAUGAGCAAUUACUUUUGUUUGUUAGAAUAAAGUGAGAUUAAUUUGGAUGUCAUAUCAAAGAGCUUAUAAGGGAAAAAAGCCUGCAUUAUAACCUUAUUCUGGUGGCUUAUCCAGUAAUUGGCCUGAUAUUCAGACUUCAUAGCUUAUAACCAAAAGCACAUUAAAGGCAUAAUUUAAGUAUUUUAUAGUUACCUAGAAUUUUAAGAAUAUAAACUUUUUUGAAACAUCAAAGAGUUUUAAUAUGUUCAAAAGUGUAUAAAAUUUUUCAGGUCUUUAGGUUAGUUAUGCCAAAUUAUGAGCAAAUAUCACCUGGGUUACCUAAAAGAGUUAAUCACCCCAAAGAGUACUAAGUAGUAUCUUGGUAAUUUAGGAGAGCGAUUCAUCAUACCUGAGUGUACACAGAUAUAAAUCCCAUAAAGAAGGUGUAGUGAAUUCUACAUAAGUAGGAGUCUGUCAUUUGAUCCCUUUUUUAUGGUAAAAAUCUUAAGUGUGAAGAGAUGAGAAAUUUUAUAUGAAAAGUUUUAGCCAUCAAAAAGUUCUAUCAUGCACUCAUGAACAAAACUACCUCCCAAAGAGUUGUCCAAGGUCCCUCAUAUCAAAAAAUUAAAAAUAUAAUGGAAGAGAGCACAAUCUUGCCAAAUUGGACAGAUGACAGCAAACAAAAAAUGAAGUAUGACUUUUCAUGUGAACUCUACAGAAUGUCUACGUAUUCGGCUUUUCCCAGUGGUGUUCCUGUUUCAGAAAGGAGUCUUGCUCGUGCUGGUUUCUAUUACACUGGUGUGAAAGACAAAGUCAAAUGCUUCUGUUGUGGCCUGAUGCUGGAUAACUGGAAACAAGGAGACAAUCCUAUUGAAAAGCAUAAACAGCUAUACCCUAGCUGUAGCUUCAUUCAGAAUCUGAUUUCAGCUAGCCUGCAGUCCACCUCUAAGAAUAACUCUGCAGUGAAAAACAGCUUGGCACAUUCAUUAUCUCCUACUUUGGAAUAUAGUGGCUCAUUCAGUGGUUUUUGUUCCAACCUUUCACCAAACCCUCUUAACUCCAGAGCAGUGGAAGACUUCUCUCCAGUGAGGACUAACCCCUACAGUUAUGCCAUGAGUACUGAAGAAGCCAGAUUUCUUACUUACAAGAUGUGGCCAUUAACCUUUUUGUCACCGUUAGACUUGGCAAAAGCUGGUUUUUAUUAUAUAGGACCUGGAGAUAGGGUCGCCUGCUUUGCUUGUGGUGGAAAGCUAAGUAACUGGGAGCCAAAGGAUGAUGCUAUGUCAGAACACCGGAGACAUUUUCCCAACUGCCCAUUUUUGGAAAAUUCUCUGGAAAUGCUGAGAUUUAGUAUUUCAAAUCUGAGCAUGCAGACACAUGCUGCUCGAAUGAGAACAUUUAUAUACUGGCCAUCUACUGUUCCAGUUCAGCCCGAGCAGCUUGCAAGUGCUGGUUUUUAUUUUGUUGGUCGAAACGAUGAUGUCAAAUGCUUUUGUUGUGAUGGCGGUUUGAGGUGUUGGGAAUCUGGAGAUGAUCCAUGGGUAGAGCAUGCCAAGUGGUUUCCAAGGUGUGAGUUCUUGAUACGCAUGAAAGGGCAGGAGUUUGUUGAUGAGAUUCAAGCUAGAUAUCCUCAUCUUCUUGAACAACUAUUGUCAACUUCAGAUACUCCUGGAGAAGAAAAUAUUGAUCCACCAAUUGUACAUUUUGGACCUGGAGAAAGUUCUUCAGAAGAUGCCAUCAUGAUGAAUACCCCUGUGGUUAAAGCUGCUUUGGAAAUGGGUUUUAACAGAAGCCUGGUGAAGCAGACAGUUCAGAGUAAAAUCCUAACAACCGGAGAGAACUACAAAACAGUUAAUGAUAUUGUGUCAGCACUUCUUAAUGCUGAAGAUGAAAGAAGAGAAGAGGAGAAGGAAAGACAAGCUGAAGAAAUUGCAUCAGAUGACUUGUCGUUAAUUCGGAAGAAUAGAAUGGCUCUCUUUCAACAGUUGACAAGUGUCCUUCCUGUCCUGGAUAAUCUUUUAAAGACCAAUGUAAUUAAUAAACAGGAACAUGAUAUUAUUAAACAAAAAACACAAAUACCUUUACAAGCAAGAGAACUGAUUGAUACCAUUUUAGUUAAAGGAAAUGCUGCAGCCAACAUCUUCAAAAACUGCCUGAAAGAAAUUGAUUCUGCAUUAUAUGAGAACUUAUUUGUGGAAAAGAAUAUGAAGUAUAUUCCAACAGAAGAUGUUUCAGGCCUGUCAUUGGAAGAACAGUUGAGGAGGUUGCAAGAAGAAAGAACCUGUAAAGUGUGUAUGGACAAAGAAGUUUCUAUUGUAUUCAUUCCUUGCGGUCAUCUGGUAGUAUGCCAGGAAUGUGCCCCUUCUCUAAGAAAGUGCCCUAUUUGCAGGGGUAUAAUUAAAGGUACAGUUCGUACAUUUCUCUCAUAAAACAAAAUAGGUUAAUAUUGGCCUGUAUAGAAAAGUCUUUGAACUAUUAUUGAACAUUAGAAACCAUUUGAAACAAAAAAAGAAUUAUUGGUUCUUCACCUGUUAACAUUCAUGUUCUAGUCUGCUUUGGUAUUAAUAACCUUGUUUCAAAAAAGAUAGUAUUAUAUAUUUAAUCUUAAUGUUUAGUUGCAGGGGAAGGUUUAUGUUUGAUGGCCUAAAUUAGUAUGUAUGUGUGAUCAUAGGAGUUAAACAUAGUGUGCUUGUUUGGAUCAUUUUAGGAGUUAUUAUUAGAUUUGGUAUUAAAGCUUUGUGUACUAAAAGUGUAGUUUGAAAGUACAGUACUAGAAACCAGUAGCUCUAGAAUUCGUCAGAGUUAUGGUGCCAAAUUAUUUUUUGGUCCUUUUAACUUAUGUUGUAAAAUAAGUACUAUCCUGUUACUGGUAAAGAAGAUUUCCCCUAAUUUGUGAGCAAUGUCUUAGUAAAGUAUGUUAAAAGGAAUUGCAUCAUCAAAAUGUGUUUUCUACCCUGAUUUAGAAAAGCACUUUUCAUAUAUUUUUAUUGUACACAGUUGCUAUUAAUUAAAAAAUUAAAUUCAUGAAA